AUGUUAAAAUUAUUUAUUAUAUUAUUUUUUGUAUUCUUUCCUAUUAAUGCUGUCCGUAAGGAUUGGAAUUCCUUAAACGGUGGUGUUUUCCACAAUGAUGCAUUCUGGACCCCCGCUGGUCAGCCAGGUGGUCUUGAUGCUGCUUUUAUUAAUCAAAAAAAUCCAAACGGUAACUUUGUUUAUGCCACUCAAUUGGUAAAUGCGUCAUCAAUUACCCUCGGUCCAAACCCUUUAAAUAUUUUGAUCUCAAAUACAACUGUGGUUGCUGAUUCCAUUACAAUCAAUGAUCAAAAUCUGUUUGCAACAGAUAAUGAUCCAACUGAAGUUGUGCUUGUCAAACAAAUUAACAAUUUUGGUGAGUUGGAAACUCAUGGCAGUUUUUUAUCAAAUUCAGUAAUUUACAACAAAGCUCCAAAUGGUUUAUAUAGAUCAUAUGGAAAUGCUUUGGUAGCCGGUGUAUUUAAUUAUGCAAACUUUGGUAUUUAUGGAAGAUAUCAAGCUCUUUUAAUUGAUAACUAUUAUUUUCUCUUGGUCAAUCACGAUCUUACUCUUAAUGGUGGUGCUGAUUUUGGAUCCAAUGUUUGGGGAGUUGAUCAAUUUGAUUACUCUAUUACCAAUAUCAAUUCAGAUUUUACUGUCCAAAAGAAAGCUCUCUUACAACUCACUAACCAAACUGAAUUUUAUAUGACUACUGAUGUUGAUUCUGUAAAUGAAAGAUUGUUAACCUCUGCUGGUGAUGUUGAAGCCUCCAAUUCUCUUUUACAUUUAAAUAGGACUCAAUAUUACCAAUUAAUGAACUCUACAAACACAUUCAACAAUAGUUAUUUCAUGAUGGAGAGAAAGUCAGUCUACAAUCUACAAGACAACUCCAUUUCUACUUUCCAAAGCAAUACAGUAAUGAUAUUGGAUGGUUCUAUUUUAUUAAAUAAUAAAGCUAAAAUCGAUAUUAUUGAUUCUUCCUGCCAAAUUCAAGGUGAAACCAAUCUCGUAGGGUUGUUUGGAGAUUCUAGCCUCAGACUUUCAAACUCAACCUUUAAUACUACCCAACAUGCUGGAUUUGUAACUUAUAAUAAUUCCGAUAUUGUUUUCGAAGACAACUCAUUCUUCUUAAUGAAUGGAAGUUAUUUAAUGGAUCACAACAGUAGUUUGACAAUAAAGAAUUCAAAAUUGAUCCAAUUAGAUCAAUUCUUGGGUGCUGGUACUUCUCAAAUGAAAGCUUAUGAAUCUGGUUUUGGUUUAUUUGGAAAAUUAAAUUACUAUAAUGAUUCAAGUUUACAAACCUUCAAUUCCAAUGUUACAGUAUACGGAGCAAUCGCUUUCCUUGAUAACUCUACCUUUUAUUUCGACAAUACAUUAUUGUACACUGGUUUAAAUUUCAUGACUGACAAAGAUACCAAUGGUUAUUUUGUUGACUCUCAAAUUGUUGCUAGAAAUUGUAUUUUCAAUGGAAAUGCUACUUUCCAAAAUUCAUCUGUCUUGGUUUAUGAGGACAUGUUUGUAGGAGGUGGUGUCUUGACUUCAAACAACUCUUUUAUGUAUUUAAAUUCUUCAUUGAACAUUGGAUAUGGAGGAAAAUUCCUUUUGAAUAGUUCAGUUGUUUUAAUUCUUACUCAAAGUAUCGUAGUCCUUGAUUCAACUUUCUCCGCCGAGAAUACUGUAAUUCGAAUUGAAUCUGGUUCCCUUUACUACACUGGUGCCUCUAGUGUUUCCUUAAAGAACACGACUUUGCUUAACACCAACGGUGUGAUUGUCGCUUCUUCCGAUCUUUACAUUUAUGAAGGUACCUCUCUUUCCAACAAUGCCAAAUUCGAUUUGUCAUCCAACAUCUACCCAGCCAACUCUGCUUCCAAUUUGAAGAUCUCCAAUCAAGAGCAAGGUAUCCUCAAUGUUGAAUCCAAACACUCAUUUAUCCAAGUUGGUUUAGAGAAUGCUGGUAAGAUCAACAUUGCCAACAAUGCCACAAUGUUUAACUAUACCCAAACAUCUGGUUCUCUCAAAAUCAAUGGUGGAGUUGUCAACUCUUCGAAUCCAUUGAGUAUCCAAGGUGGUUCCGUUGCCGGAAGUGGUACCAUUGAAACAUCCGUUGAGAAUGCCGGUUCCAUCGGUAGUGCCACUGAAGUAACCAAAUUCCAAAUCGUCGGAAACUUUACUCAAUCCGCAGACGGAAAGAUUGUGCUCACCAUCAACUCUGAAGAUGAAAUUCCAUUGAUCGAUAUCUCAGAGGUUGCCAACCUCAACGGUACCCUUGUUAUCCGUGUCGCCAAUACCAUUAACAACAAGAGUCUCACUCUCAUGAGCUAUGGUAGUUCGAUUGGAGGAUUCUCCAAUACCGAACUCCGUGUUUUCAACCCAAAGACUGGAGAAGACGUAGACCACGACAAAUGUCAAUACAAAGUAAACCAAGGUCAAACUUCAAUGUCCAUGUUGGUUGGACGUGACAGUUGUACUGGUGACGUUGGAUCGUUUGGUAACUCCAAACUCUCGAGUGGAGCUAUUGCUGGUAUCGUCGUUGGAGGUGUUGUUGUCGCCGCAGUGAUUGGUGGUUUCAUCCUUCACAAAACCAACCGUAUCCCCAAGAGUAUGAGACUUUCCCAUAGAUUAAAGUCACUCCAAAAGGAAGUGGAUGCCGCCGAAGCUGACAAAGCCUAA